GGAACUGACUGAGCAGAGAGACCGCCAGCGGUUCUCUGAAGGAGCUACCGGGGGCGCUCUGAACUUCAUUCCCUUCUCACAAAGUGGAGACUCGCAACAUGGCUGUCUUCUCUAUCCAGGAAACCAGGGAAUGGACCGGCUCAGUAUCCUUCAGCAAAAUGGUGUCUGAAGUCAGUUUGAUAUUAGAAUUUGUUACGCAUCAAUCGGUGAGUGAUUAGGGGUGUUGUCUCACAACAAGAUUGUUCCAGUUUAAAAUCGCAGCUCAGGGCUCAUCAAUUUAGGCUGUCUGCUACGGCACAGAUCUUUUUUGUAACUGCUGAAUCCAGGACAUAUUUCGUUUCUUUAAAACAGUACAGAAGUGCAAUCUGCUCUUCCACUUUUGAUGACGUCACAUAGUGUUCUUGCAUAUAAAGGUCCCUUAUUUUGGCUAUUUAGAUCUCCAUAGAAUGACUCUUUAACAUGUACUUAGUAUAAAAGUGUCAAUUUUAUUUACAAAAAAAAAACCUUGGUUUUUGUCAUAGGAGUGUUCAGAAAAGCCCCUGACAGCUACUUCUGUUUGACCCAGUUUUCUAUCCUUUUCCAUAUUUGGCUAAGACAAAUCUGAUUGGUUGCCUCCGUUUAGAUGACACACUUGUAAGAGCACACUCGCUUGGGAGCCGAAAGGGAAGGUGGAGAUUUUCCGUAGUGACGUAGAUAAGGUCGAGAAAUUCCAAUGACCUGAUUUCGGUCCUCUCGGCAGAAAAACCGUCUGCAACUUAGAAAUGCGUGGUUUACUGAGGCACCGCAGAGACAAUAUUACAUGCCAAAUAUGUCUCCUUUAUGUAACAUGCCAACCAAUUGAAUUUCGUUGUUGUUGCAUAUAUUAGUAUUGUAAUUAGGACCCAAUCGAGGAGGAAUUAUUUGGCAGGAAAAAAAAUCAAAUAACUGAUUAAUUGGCUGAAUAAUUUAAGAAGUAUAUAAUGAAUAAAAUCCAUUUUUUUGGUCCUCUCUAUAUCCAGAUGUAGCAUUUCUCCUUAAAAUUACAUAAAAUCAAUGGCAAUUUUCCAUUGAUUUGUCCAUUUAUUAAUCAAAUACAUUUUGUGUCGCAAUCAAUCAAAAGAAGUACAUGCGUAAAAGAAGUCACAACUUGCUCAUUUCUCAACACCUUUUAACAAGGUGCACGAACGUCUUUGUCAACGUCAGAGUGUGUGCUUUCAAUUCAGAACAUGCAUCUGUGAUAUUUUGGUUUUCAUGCUGUCGACAAGGCAAUGUGGGUUCCCGUUCCAUUGGGCUCACCACCUGUGGGAGGGCCCAAGGGGUCGGUGCUGUGUGAGCGGGGCGGCGGCCGAAGGCGGGGAGCUUGGCGGUCUGAUCCCCGGCUACAGAAGCUGGCUCUAUGGACGUCUGAUGUCACCUUUCUGGAAGGGAAAAGAGCCUGAGCUGGUGUGUGAGGUCGAGAAAUUCCGACAGGACAUCGUCGGGCUCAGCUCAACACACAGCUUGGGCUCCGGUGCCAGUCUUUUCGAGAGGGGUUGGACUCUCUUCCACUCUGGCGUUACCCACGCAGCUCAGCCUACCCACGCUAUUUGGAAUCCUUGGAGUGGGUGCGGGAGAGCGCUCCAGCUGGGAACUCCCUUGUUCUGCUGGAAGACUUCAACGCUCAGCACCUCAGACUUCCACAGAGUGGAGUUGGAUCACCACCGAGACAAAUGUUUCUCCAUGAACUCCAGCGAAAGCAAACCAUUCAGCUUCCAACUGAAAGGCCCUAUCCGACAGAUCAGCGCAGCCUCGUUGUUCAACAUUUGUAAGGCGGAAAAACAAUUCCGGUCCUCGGGAGAUCACUGUUGCUUUCUCCACGUUGAUAGCCUUCUGUUUGUAGGUUGUGUUUCUGUGAGGUCAGAUCAUUUGUGUGGCGUUUGGAGAUUUAGCGAGAGAGAAGAACCACGUUUGCUGCAAGUUGUUGACACCAAAGAGGUUUUCACUUGUGCUAGUGUCAGUCCUCAUAUCUUAGGUGAAGUUUUGGUGGCAAGUGAAAGUGGAACAACAAACCUGUGGACUGUUGGGAAAGGGAUCCAAAAGGUUUGGGAAGACACCACCAAUCUUUACUUUAACGCUAAGUCAUCAUGGCGAUGGUGUGAAUUCUCUGCUCAUCCUCGGGUGAUGCUCUACGCUGACAGGACUGGUGCAGACCUCUGCGAUAUCAGGGCGAGUCCUCGCUCCAAUCAAACACUGUUUCGCAUCAGCAGCUCUGCACAGUGUCAAAGUGGAGAGAGGCUCAUCCUCUGCAAAUAUCUGGCAGAUGCUCACCCUUUUCACCAUCUCGUCACCACUCAGUACUCAGCCUACAUAAUGGACGAGCGAUUCCCCUGCUUGCCAAUGCUGAAGAUGGAUCACAUGAUGCAGUCCCCGCCGAUGUUCUGUCAUAUCCUUCCCGGUGUAUCCUCAUCCUGUUGCGGCACAGGAGCCACCAAGGUCUUACUGGGUUCCCAGAGCUCUCAGGAAAUCACCCAGCUGCAGUACUCGGGUGGUAGAGCAGAGGUUUGUGUCAGUCUGGGUCCUCCUCAAGCACUGCUUCGGCCUUGUGAUAGCCUCAAACACCUUCCUGUCCAGAUCCCUCACCGCAUGGACACAGCCACUAACAGGCUGUCCUCAGCAUCUGCAGGUCUGACCUGUAUCCAAAGGAGUGCAAGAGAGGGAAGUCAUUCUUGCAUCUAUGUGCUACAGCUGACCGAGGCAGGCGAUAUUUUCUACCAGACCCUUGUACAUGAACCGCUGGAGGACGAAGCCUCACCUGGAAAAACGUCUAAAAAGCAGCCACACCCAACACUGGAAAAUGCCCCAGAAAUGGGGAGCAAAUAUGACAAAUCUUCUCGGCCUUACAUUCCACGGGGAGAUUCUCAGUCGAUGGUCCCCGACACAUCCAGCGACGAGGAUGUGCUCGGGCCAACCCAGGGUGUAGCGCCUCACAAAUGUGUGCCUGAAACGCCAGAGAAGAAAGUCCAAGUUGACGACGUGUACUCGGACACCGGUUCUCAGGAUUCAGAGACACGAGGGAAAGGACAAAACCUGAAAAGGCUGCAUCUACGGGUACUUGUCAAUGACGAUACAACCCAGGAACAUGUUGACAUGACCGCAGACGGAGAGGAUGAAAAUGCGACUAACGAUCCAGCCAGUGAGCUGGAGCAGCCGAGCAGGGGUCAGGAGACACCCGCCGACAUGACUCGGCAGAAUCGACCUAUCCGGCCGACUCCAGUAAAGCUCAGUGAGGAUGCUCUCACAACAUGGAAACGCUGGCUCCAAAAGCUGAUGCGCAAGAGUCACCAAAAGAAGCUACGUCCACGUGUCCCCAACCAAUUCACAGUCAAAACCAGGGGCCACCUGAGGCUGUCCAGCGACAAAAUGAGAGAAUUAUCGGAAGACGGGCACGUGGCGAGCAUGAGACGUCAAUUAAGCGCGUGCAUGUCCGAGCGUUCCCUGCUGCUGAGAAGCGACGUCUCCUCAGAGCCUCUGGACGUGAUACCGUUUCCGGACCAGGUGGACACGGGAGCGUGGCGCGACGAUCUAAGUCAACGUCUGAGCUUGUCCUGGGACGGCGAGGAGAAGUGGCAAGGAUGGUGGGAAGACCGGCUGGGGCUGAAUAGGGAACAAAAGAUUGAUGCUCUCAAGAGGAAAAGGAAGCGCUACAAGCGAGCAAAGAGCCAAUCCAGGGCUCAACAAUUUGAGCUCUCUGAGAGCUUCUCUUCCUCAGUCACCUGCCCUUUAGACACGGAUGAUUUUUCCAACCUUUCCGGCUGGUCCUCUUCAGCAAGCCAGGGGGCGUUGUCAGAUAAAGGGGAGGAGAUGUUAUCGCCAGCUGAGGGCACAAAAGCCAGUCGGGCGCCAAGAGCCGCGUCACCCACCAAUGAGCUCAAUGUGGGGGUACGACCUACGCCGGUCAUCCUUAGCCAGUCCGAGACCAUCCAACUGGACUCCACUCCAUCCAGUCAGAAAAGGAGCAAGCGCCCUGGCAAGGACUACCUCGACGCUCUGUUUGGAUCACAGGAAGAUCCCUCUCAACACAACGACUUUGAUGCGGAGCAGCAGUCACUCGGGCCUGUGGCCCACUCCUCCCGGUCUCUGCCCCUCUCCCAGAGUUCGCUGGGGCGACCGAGGUCACAGGUGUCACAACCAAAGAAAAAGAAGGCACGGAUGGGAUUUUGAUUUGUCCAUUGGCCCAUGUUCAGAAUGCAGUCUUGAUAUUUUGGGCUGAAAACCAUACGUUCGAUGACCUGUUUUUACUCAUCUAAUCUUGUGUUAAACAAAGUCAAGUCAAGUCAUGGACUCAAUUGAGCUCAGACCUCCAGUCUCAAAGGAAUCAACAACCACGCCUUCAUGGACGGAAGGUCUCUGCUCCUACCUGACGUUUGUUUUUAGGACUUGGUUGACCUGAGGAUAUGGAGAAAUGGAUUAAUUAUGCUUUCUCAUUUGAAAAAAACACAAACUGGAUCUUAUUUGGAAAAUGUGUCAUCUCCAACUCCGAAGACCAUCGCAAGGCUGAUAAAGACGGAGUGCAUACUGGUUUGGUAGGACCGAGAGACAUUUGUAUAAUUCGUGUGUGCGUGGUGCGCAAAUGUGGAUCCAAAGGAUCACGGAUGCUGCUAUUUGCAAUCGGUAAAGUGAUGGAUAUUUCACUUGUUGACAAAUUUGUCAAUACACGUUUUAAAGAGGAAAGUCUUAACAGUUUCUUCUGCCUAUUUUCAUCAGUCAGUUCAACAGAUUCAAAGCGAGUUUGUUACCUUCUGCAUAAAUUCUCAUCUACAGGGAGGGGGGGGUCAAAGGCUGCAAACCCAGUUAAGACGGGCGGCGGGUGCUACUUAAGUUUGUUCUGGGUACUAAUUUUACACCGCAACAAGUUUUUCUUCUCAUGCUGAUCAUGAUUGGAGACACUUUCUUGGAUUUGGAGUCAUGUUUUCACAAAUCUGUGUAGUUGGUUAGGAACAGCAGAGACUGAUUCGGCUUCUCUUGCAACUGGAGCUGCAAGUAGCAAUUGUUACAAUCAUCCAUUCAUCUGAUUGAAAACAUUUAUUCCAUCCUUUUAUCAAAAAUCCGGUCAUUUCAAAUGGACAGUGCAGAAAAUGAACAAACAAAUCCAUUAUGAUUCAGUUUGAUCCGUAAUGUCAGAAAAUAGGCAAAAUUGUUGAUUGUUUUCCAAAGUAAAAGAUGUUUGCAAAUGUCUUUUGAUUAAAUACAGCUAAUAGGACUACAGAAAUCUGAGAACAUUUACUGUUGAGAGGCAGAAUGUUGACAAAGAUUGACAAUUUUGAGUUAAACAGGGUCCCUAAUGAUAGAAAGUUGAUCAAUGAGUUAAUCAUUACACCUGUAGUUGCAGCUCGAUCGUCUGGACCUGAUGUGCAGUCCUGCAGCAUAAACUUGGUUAAAAUAGAAGUGUCUCCUGUGCACUUUCUGUUCCUCCUCCACACAUCGCAACCUGCCUAUGAAAAUGGAAUGAAUAGCUCUGCUGUGGCACUGCGGCUUUCUUUAUUUUGUUAAUGAGCCGAGCUGCUGGUUCGCUGUCGUCCGACAUGGUGAAAUGCAAAUGAGAAAACCCAACGAGAGUUUAAAAGGAACCUUUUUUAUAAGAUGUUUUGUUCAGUACAUGUGACAAAAUAAAUUAACGUAAUAUCUACAACGGAACUAUAAA